CCACUCUCCAGUACAACCUCCAUCGCCAGCUCUACCCCUUCGACUUCCUCGACCCCGGCGCACAGCACCCCCUGCCGCCCGCCAUGAGCCAGCCCCCGCAGUCUCCGAAGGCCUCAGCCUCUCCGCCCCCCGCGUCCUCCUCGGACUCUUCCGAACGGAACCAGUCUAGCAGCGGUUCCUCAAGUGCCGCGCAGUCCACCUCACAGGAAGAUGGACACGCCUGUCAGUGGAUGGACUGCCAGAAGGUCCUGGGAGACCCAGAGACGCUCUACAACCACCUUUGCAACGAUCACAUUGGACGGAAGAGCACCGGUAACCUUUGCCUGACGUGCAAAUGGAAAGAUUGUGGGACAACGUGCGCCAAGCGCGACCAUAUCACAAGCCAUCUCCGAGUACACACACCCCUGAAACCGCACGUCUGCGAUAUUUGCAAGAAACCCUUCAAGCGGCCGCAGGAUCUCAAGAAGCACGAGAAGAUUCACACUGAAGAGCAUCACGCACAGCACAAGCACUCCAAAGCGAUCACCGUUACCGACCCUACGUACAGCCAACGUAUACGCGGCGACGACAAGAGACCACUUGGGCCUCCCUCCUCGCAGCACCAAAUAAACAUCGCUCGCGCGAAGUCCACUUCUGCUCCCCUCUCAGACAGUUCAUCUGGUGCAGACUUCGGAGUUUUACCCACACCAUCGCCGGAGCUCGAUUACGCGCAAGAUGCCUCGGCCGCGCACUCCCGAAACCAGCUGUACCGCAUCCAGCCUCCGCUCCCCACAUGGGAAGUGCUUCCCGAAGACAUGCAGGGCAGGAGCGUUCCCGUCAGCGGCGCAAAGCGAAGUUACGACUAUAGUGUAGACGACUUCUUCACCGACGUGAAGAAGCGCCGCGUGACACCGGCAUACGACCCCCAUAUGGCUGCCCGUCUGAGCAACCUGGCGUACCAGCAGUCACUCAGUGCGACGACGCACGGUGCUCCGGGAAAUGGGCUGCCCCAGAUGCACCACCUACCCCACAAUUUCAACCCGCGCUCGGUGUCGUUCGACAUCCGGACGCCCGAAGAGCUCGCGGCCGUAAACGAGUUCCUCAUCACGCUCGGACGCGAUGUUUCUGCCGGUGGUCAGCACGGCUCCAGGCACCAGCACUCACAGUCGGUUCCCCACGCUGCCGUCGACGACGCGUCGUUCUUCGACCCCGCGAAUCUCGCGCAGCUUGGCCUUGCAGGCAUGCCCGGUGUUCCUUCCGGGCAAGGGCCUGGCUCGGGCGCAGGGUACCACGGCGACUCUGGCUUCGUCCCAAUGAACGAAUACGCACAGCAGCAGAUGCCUUCCUACCCCAGCAGAGCCUCGCACCAGUCGGUCCAGGCCGUUCAGUUUGGGAUGUACCCUCAACAGGACAUCGGCGGCGGCGGCGGCGCCCCACCGAUGCCCUACACCUCGCACCGCUCGCGAAACCACCGCGCGUCCUCAGCAGAGGAUCACUACAACUCGUUCAACAACCACUCUCCGCCCUUCCCUGACCAGUCGUACGGGAUGCAGAACGGGUACGCGCAUUACCUCACACCGCCGCUCGACCUCGGCCCGGGCGCGAUGAACCCAGGCGCGUCCCCGCACUCGUCACACUCCGGCAUGUCCACGCCCCCGAACGCGACCCCACCGCACAUCCCGCUCACGGUCUCACCAGAGAGCGCGGCUGCCUUCGACUACGUGCGCGUGAAUCGCGCGCCGCCGCCCGUCGUGCAGCUCGGCCAGGUCGACUACGGCCAGAAGAACAUGCGCACGAUCGUCCCGCUCAAGAGCGCCGGGCCCGCUCCCGCGGGACUGGCAAGUCGCCCAGAGCCGGUCGAGCCGAAGCUGGGCGCGGGCGGCGUGCACCGCGGCCCGCCGGCGCGACUCACCGCGUCCUCCGCCGCAUCGUCAGUCGCGUCGUCUUCGCUCACCCCCAGCAAGAGCGGCAACCCGCUGUACCCGCUGCUCACAUCGGGCGACGAGCGGCUCAAGCUGCCCCCGCUCGGCGCGCGCUUCCGCUCCCCGUCGCCAUCGCCCUCUCCCCCUGCGACCGCGGCCAGCUACGCAGACUCCCGCGCAUCGACCGCCUCCCCCACCGGCUCGCCGUCGUCCCGCCGCAGCCCAUCGCCGAUCUCAGAGGACUCGCGCACACCCUCACCACCGCGCUCGUCUUCAUCCACCCCAGUGCCCUCGUCCGCAGAGGCGCAGCGCGUAUCGUACCCCGUACUGCCCCCAAUCAGCUCGCUCGGAACGUAUCCGUCCGCUUCCGCACGGCGCGAGCACGCCGAGGACCUCGCGCGGCGCGUCGGCCGCAUCGAGCUCGACAGCCGCGUCGUCUCCGAGGAGGAGCGCCAGAAGCACGCGGCGCUCGUGCGCGACCUGCUGCUCGCGAUCAACGAGGAGUACCGGCGGAGCUUCGGGACGCCCCCGCCCGCGAGGGAGGCUCGCGAGCGGCUGCAGAAGGCGCCGAGGCAGGAGGAGGUGCGUGGCAUGGAGAAGGAGAUGCGCGACGUGGAGAUGAUCGCGGCCUGAGCGCGAGGGAGCGAGGAGCGAGGAGUUGAGUGGACGCUGGAUGUGUGUACCGGCGCGCGCUGGUGUCUUGGAUGCGUGGGUGAUAUCUUGUCUUGCGAAGCUAUAUAUGUAUCCGUUGUUGUACUUGUACGUAGUUCGUCCCGACAUUCCUAUGGUAUACAUAGUCGUUCGCGGUCUUG